CCGGGACUCACCCGCAGCUCCAUGCUUGCGCCCGGCUCCACUCGUCCAUCCUCGGAGAAGAGGCAGAUGCGUGCCAAACUGGAGUCGGAAUGACGAUUGGAAUGAGGGCCGGGGACGAGGGCGUCCUCUGAAGUGCAUCACCAGGACCCAAGCUGAGUCAGUAGCCUCUGCUGAGACAGGGUGGAGGCACCAUCCUGGGUACUCCCAGUCCUCAGGGAGAGCCAUCGAGAAACAGGAGACACAGACUGGGAGCAGACAAGAGCACCAAGGCCCAAGAGGUUAAGAAAGAAUCCUGCUCCAUCCUUCUGUGAGCCUGCCCAGCCCAGCUCUGUGGCCUUGGAAUCCUGAGCACUCCGACAGAUCAAAUCACUAAGGUCCAGACAGCUUACAUGACUUGCCCACUGUCUCAGCCAAUAAAAGGGAAAGAACUGGAAUACAAGCCCAGGCCUAGAAAGAAGUCCAUUAUAAAAGAAUUUGGAACCGAAUGCCUGAGAGCAGGUCCCGCCUGUCACUACCUGUGCACCCCGGAUCUCUAGGUCUCUACCUCAAAAGGGAGGAUUUGCACCAGCACCGAGGCUUCCUGCUCUCCUUUCCUCUCCAUUCCAUCCCCAUCCCUCUACCCUCUUUUCAUUCGUCUCCCCUUGGAUCCCUCUUCUGUUCCACUUCAAAAUGCCCCCCUCCAAAGAGCCCUCGCACGAUCUCCUUGCCUGGCAGUGGCCCACUGGGGCAACACCUCGAGGGAGGGCUGGCCACUGCCCCUUUAAUUCUCCCCGGGCCUGGAAUGCAAGUGAGUUGAGCUAGCCAUCUCUGUGAGGUCAGAUAAGAUACUAUAUAUAUCGGAGUCCGUAACCUGAGCUCCGGAUUACCCAGCCCCAGUCAGACUCCAGCCUCUGGGCUCUCUACUGCGCUCCCUGCCUUGCUGGGGAAGGAGAAGCCCCCAGAUCCUGCCCAGUGCCCCCGGACACAGCCCAUGAGGCUCCCAGUCCCCACAGAGUGCCACCCUGAAGGAUGUCCCAGCUCUCCUCCACCCUGAAGCGCUACACAGAAUCGACCCGCUACACAGAUGCCCCGUAUGCCAAAUCGGGCUAUGGCACCUACACUCCCUCUUCCUAUGGAGCCAACCUGGCUGCCUCCUUCCUGGAGAAGGAGAAGCUUGGUUUUAAGCCAGGCCCCCCAACCAGCUUCCUCACCCGGCCCCGGACCUAUGGCCCCUCCUCCCUCCUGGACUAUGACAGGGGCCGCCCCCUGCUGAGAGCCGAUAUCCUUGGGGGUGGUAAGCGGGCCGAGAGCCAGACUCGGGGCACUGACCGGCCUUCAGGGAGUGGACUCAGCGGGGGCAGUGGAUUUCCUUAUGGAGUGACCAACAGCUCCCUCAGCUACCUGCCUGUGACUGCCCGCGACCAGGGUGUAACCCUGACCCAAAGGAGGUCGAACAGUCAAUCAGACCUGGCUCGGGAUUUCUCCAGCCUCCGGACCUCAGAUAGCUACCGGAUAGAUCCUGGGAACCUGGGCCGCAGCCCCAUGCUGGCCCGCACGCGCAAGGAGCUGUGUGCCCUGCAGGGCCUCUACCAGGCAGCCAGCCGCUCCGAGUACCUGGCCGACUACCUGGAGAACUAUGGUCGAAAGGGCAGUGCGCCUCAGUUGCCCACCCAGGCGCCUCCCACAAGAGUCCCUGAAGUCCUCAGCCCCACCUACCGACCCAGCGGCCGUUACACUCUAUGGGAGAAAAGCAAGGGCCAGGCCCCUGGGUCCAGCCGCUCCAGCUCCCCAGGGCGAGACACCAUGGAAACCCAUUUCAGGACCCAUGCACCCGACAACGAUCCAGCAGUGCUCUCGGAAAUGUUCAGCUACCCCCACAUACACUGCAAUCCUCACCCUCCACUUUGCCACCCAACAUACCAGGGUCUCCUGCAGGCCUCACACCAUCCUGAACUGAAUGCUGAGGUCCCCAAACCACCCGUGUUCCCUGUGAAUUCUAAGAGCGCCCAGGGUCUGGCUGGUCUUCGAAACCUUGGGAACACGUGCUUCAUGAACUCCAUUCUGCAGUGCCUGAGCAACACCCGGGAGCUGAGGGAUUACUGCCUCCAGAGGCUCUAUAUGCGGGAUCUCAGCCACAGCAGCAAUGUACACACAGCCCUCAUGGAAGAGUUUGCAAAACUAAUCCAAACCAUAUGGACUUCAUCCCCCAACGAUGUGGUGAGCCCAUCUGAGUUCAAGACCCAGAUCCAGAGAUAUGCACCACGCUUCGUCGGCUAUAAUCAGCAAGAUGCCCAGGAGUUUCUUCGCUUCCUUCUGGAUGGGCUCCACAAUGAGGUGAACCGAGUGACAGUGAGGCCCAAGUCCAACCCCGAGAACCUCGAUCAUCUUCCUGAUGAUGAGAAAGGACGACAGAUGUGGAGGAAAUAUCUAGAACGGGAAGACAGUCGGAUUGGGGAUCUCUUUGUUGGGCAGCUAAAGAGCUCCCUGACUUGUACUGACUGUGGUUACUGCUCUACUGUCUUUGAUCCCUUCUGGGACCUCUCAUUGCCCAUCGCUAAGCGAGGUUAUCCCGAGGUAACUUUAACGGACUGCAUGAGGCUCUUCACCAAAGAGGAUGUGCUUGAUGGUGAUGAAAAGCCAACAUGCUGUCGCUGCCGAGCCAGAAAACGAUGUAUAAAGAAGUUCUCCAUCCAGAGGUUCCCAAAGAUCUUGGUGCUCCAUCUGAAGCGGUUCUCAGAAUCCAGGAUACGAACCAGCAAGCUCACAACAUUUGUGAAUUUCCCACUAAGAGACCUGGACCUGAGAGAAUUUGCCUCAGAAAACACCAACCACGCUGUUUACAACCUGUACGCUGUGUCCAAUCACUCUGGAACCACCAUGGGCGGCCAUUACACAGCCUACUGCCGGAGUCCAGUGACAGGCGAAUGGCACACUUUCAAUGACUCCAGCGUCACACCCAUGUCCUCCAGCCAAGUGCGCACCAGCGACGCCUACCUGCUCUUCUAUGAACUGGCCAGUCCGCCCUCCCGCAUGUAGCAGAGAGGCGCUCCAUCCCUCUCUCCCUUCCCCGGGGUGGCCCCACACCCUAAGUGUUUUUUUUUUUUUAAGACAAAAAAAAACUGACAAAUAAGAGAGAAAUAAAGUAAACUAAAGCUGCCGAGCAGGAGUUGGCUGCAACCUGGUCAGGAUCUGUAGCGAGGAACCAGGAGCUCCCGAGCCGCCCCUGGCAUGAAGAUCGACAGGACGCAGAGCCUGGAGCUGGCACGGUGCCCCCUCGGCUUCUCUUGUUUGCGUUUUUUAAGCUUGUGGGUUUUUUUCCUGUGUGUAAUAAACAACAGCGGUCUGUGGGGAGCAGAUCCUGGUCCACUUGCUGCCCUUCCAGCCCCUGCUCCUCCCGAGAAGACAGCGCCCUCUGGAGCCUGCUGGGAGGAUCGCUGCCCGGAAGCCCCGGCGCCGGAGCCUGGCACAGUCUUCACCUGGACCCCCGCUCACUGGUCCAGAAGCAAGAAAAACACCCAUGAGCCAAGAGCCCUCUUAACGCUGCUAACUCCAGGGGGACAGACAAGGGGACGACUUUGAAAAGAGCUGACUUGGGUUUUUAAAAACCCAACUUUUUUGUUUUUUAAUUACCAUAACUAAAGUUUUCAGACUGGAGAUGCUCUCCUUCACACCUCUUCACAGCUGGGACAUUGUGCUGGUUAUUUUUUUUUUAAGUUCUUCAAAUACACCUUUUCUGAUGCUAGCCCCCAGUGGUGCUCGGGGGGUGUUGGCCAAGCCCCAAGCACAGCCACAGUAGACCCGGGAUCUAACAAGUUUUUUUUUUUUUUUUUUAAUGUUUUGGAUGGAAUCUAGUUGCCUCCAAGAAUUGUGCCUUAUAGCAUUUGGGGACCAGGGGGUAACUGCCCCUCCCUGAAAUAUCCCUCAGCCUCUUCCCUUUUCCCCAGUGCCAUGCUCAACCCCACUGGGGGAGAUGGGGGUCCUGCCCUUACCCCGGGCUUGGUUUGCAUCGGUGAGGCGGAGAGGAGAGUUGGUAGAAGGAGAUUUCUUCCGGUAAUGUAUCAAGUUUUUCCUGCCCACUUCCUCUACGCCCCCCCCUGGUCUGCUCCCCAGCUGCUGGAAGGAUAGCACAAGCCCCUUACCCCUAGAGCCACUCUCAACCAUAAUUUAUUCCCUUUUAACGUGUUUUCUUCUUGACCUUCGUGCCCUUGCCCCUUCUCAGAGCCUCCUAGACAUAGGCCCUUUGGACCGAGUUUCUCAGGGAUGCCCAUGCCGCCCCUCAGCCCCUCCCGGCAUUGGUCUGCAGUCCUGCCCCGGGAGCCGGAGCCUGGGUGUUGGGGGACCUCUUGCCUCAGCUGUACGAUUCUCUCCCAUGGGUGUGAUCUUGCCCUAACUGGCUGGACAUAACUUGGUGCUGAGAGAGUAAAGCUGUGCAGCACCAAGGCACGGAAGCUCGGUGCGUCCGCACAGCUGGGCCCAGCUUGUGCCCCUUGGAGCCUGAAGCCUGCCAAUGCUCCCAGGAGGCGGCAUCAGAGAAAGACGCCCAAAGCUGAACCGGCCUGACCCCCCUCCCCGCCCGUCCCAGGGAAGCCCUGUGAACCUGAGCCAAAGGGCUGAUGUGCACUUGUUUACUAUGUAAGCAGGAGUAGAAGAAUGUCUGAUGUACAGUGGAACCUUGUACAGAAUAAAUAAUAGCUUUGAGAA